GUCUCGUCCCUUUUCCCUUGCCGUUUAUGAUUCCUUUGUUACGUUUUUUUUGGUGAUUGUUGCGCGGGGCGCUCCCGAUCUGCUUGUUAUAACGGCGGAUUUGACGGGGUUUCCGUCGAAGUUGGAACUCUCAAGGGUCUUCCGCGUUCUUGUGUGGUUCCUGCUCUGAUCGAAUUGGGAUGUUAAGGGGCUCUUUGGCGAGAUAAAAAUUGGAUUUUUAUAGGGUCGCGAGUGGUUCGCUUUUGUUCCCUUUCGUGUAGUUCCAUUUUCUUGUUUGCUAUCAAAUCGAUCAGCGGUUUGUGAAAGCUCCAUUGGGAAUGCUUAUAAUUGCCUAAGGAAAAUAAUAAACUCUUUUUUGCCUUUCUUCAGGAAAAUAAUAAAAUGUGGUUUUAAUUCCUAAGGAGUUCUUUCUCUGAUUACUUUUUUGCCUUUCUUCAGGUCCUGAAACAUUUUGGGGUUCUGUGAUAGAUGGAUCAUCUUCCACUUCCACACAAGACUUCAAGUUUAAGCCAUGCAUUUCCAUGCUUCCAUCAAAUAGAUAAUGGUUUUAUAAGAUUUGCACUUGACCCAUCUAAAUGUAGCAAGUUGAGCAUAGAGGAGAAGAGAGAUCUCGUCCGCGAAUUGUCAAAAUGGCCUGAGAGUGCCUCUGAGAAGCUGCAGACAUGGAGCCGGCGUGAGCUUUUGGAGAUCCUGUGCACAGAGAUAGGAAAGGAGAGGAAGUAUACCAGCUUAACAAAACAGAAAAUGAUCGAAUUCCUUUUCAGAGUUGUCUCUGAUAAAAGAUCUGAAGAACCUGCAAAGGACGGGGAUUUUGCUAAGGUUGCAUCUACACUUGGUCCUCAAACUCCAGCAGCUAAGAGACACAGAAAGAACGAGCAUCCAUCGCGUUUAGCCUUCAUCAUGAACAACCACCUUCGGUCAAGUGACGCAGAACAAGUUCCAGAAAACACAAGACACUGCCUGAAUUCAGCCUGCAGGGCUAUUCUUAACAUGGAAGACGCGUUCUGUAAGCGUUGCUCGUGUUGUAUCUGUCGCAAGUAUGAUGACAACAAGGAUCCUAGCCUUUGGUUGUUUUGUGGCUCAGAGACUCCUCCCCGAGCUGACUCUUGUGGCCUAUCUUGUCAUCUUGAGUGUGCUCUUAAGCAUGAACGAGCAGGUAUCAUGAAGAGUGGGCAGUGCACAAGAUUGGACGGGAGCUAUUACUGUACACACUGUGGAAAAGCUAAUGACUUGCUCGGAUGCUGGAAAAAGCAGCUCAUGAUUGCCAAGGAUGCACGUCGGGUCGAUGUUUUGUGUUACCGGAUUUCUCUUAGUCAUAAACUUCUCGGAGCAACAGAGAAGUACCAAAGUUUGCACGAGAUAGUUGACAUGGCACGAAAGAAACUGGAGGCUGAGGUUGGGCCUAUCGAUGAUUCAUCAAACAUGGCUCGUGGAAUUGUCAACCGGCUUUCUGUUGCCGCUGAAGUCCAGAAACUUUGUGCCCUUGCAGUAGACUUACUAGAUUCGAUGCACUCUAGUUCCUCAUCAGCUAAUGCUAUAGUUCAACCCGGUUCGGUAUUCUCAAGCUUUAUCAAAUUUGAACGGAUAUCAUCAACAUCUGUUACUGUGGUUUUGGAAUUAGAGAAUAACACACCAUUAGGUCAAGAACUAGCUGGUUUCAAUUUGUGGCACCGAAAGGCUGCCAUCUCAGAAUACCCUGACAAACCAUCAUUUUCUCUAUUGAAUCCAGAGAAAAGGUUGGAAAUAGCAGAACUUUCUCCAGCUACAGAUUAUAUGUUUAAGGUAGUAGCUUUUAGCAAUACCAGGGAUCUCGAUACAUGGGAAGUUGGAGUUAAAACUGAAGGUAUCGCACUGGAGAACUCUAUCAACUUGUCAUCGGAGAUGACUGCAUCAAAACCACACGGUCAAAGCCCAAAAACAAACGGUAGCGGAUCGUCUAAUCCUUCAGAGGGAGACGAAUAUAAUGCAAACACUACCGCAUGUGCUGACUUGAAUAAGCUGCCCAAAAUUGAUUUUGAUGACUGUGAGAAGCCUGAGAUCCUCGAGACAGAAAAAUCAUCAGGUCAUGGCCACCAAAUGAGCAAGGGAUGCAUCGGUAGAGCCAGAGUUCUUCAGCCAGAGGAGUCACUAGGGCACUCUGAUUCUGCAUUAGAUGAGGAACCAAACUCAACUGUUCUGAUAGAUUCCACUGACUUCUUGGAGAAUAACCAGGCAUCCGACAUCCAGAAAUCAGAGAAUGAAUCUAACACUCGGGCUGUUGUCAGUGAUAUGGUGAUUCUCCCUGCCACCCCAUGCGGGGUGGAAACAGGAACACAAAGCCUUGAGAGGUGCAGCAAAGGGAAAUCUGGUGUUGAAAUAUAUGAGAAUGGCUCGACGAAGGCAGCUCGGGAACCAGGGAGUUCAUCCGAGAAAAGAGGUGCAGGGAAAACUGAAGGCAUCAACGUUAAGGACUGGUCAUUGGAAGGGGCAUACGAGUACUGCGUGAAGGUGAUCAGAUGGUUGGAAUGCCAAGGGCACAUCGAAACCAACUUCAGGGUGAAGUUCUUAACUUGGUUCAGUUUACGGGCAACCCUACAGGAGAGAAGAAUUGUUAGCGUGUACGUCAACACUUUGAUCGAUGAUCCUGCAAGCCUCGCAGGGCAGUUGGUGGACACCUUCUCGGAAGCCAUCUGCAGCAAGAGGCCACCCACGGCACCGACUGGCUUCUGCACAAAGCUUCAGCAUUGAGACAAUUGUUAGAUGCAGAUCAUUGCAUUAAUUUAAUUAUUCGACAAAUAUGAGUAUUCGUGGAUCAGCAGUUUCAGGUCCAUUCAUAUUGUUGCCCAUUGACAAUCACACUUUAUAUGCACUCAGGACUAGUCUUCAUUAAGGGGACACUACUGUCGUCUUAAUGCUCUUCUGUUCGUAUUGACACUAUGGCACUGCUCUUCGUUAAA